AUGAAAGGAGAAUCGAUUAAAGAAAAUUGGAGGAGGAGAACGAACAAGUUCGAGUUACCUUCUGUUUUACUCUUAUGCAUCUUCUUCUUUCUCGCUGGAUUCUAUGGUUCCAGAUUCUUCCAUCACUCUCAGGAAGAUGAAUAUGGCCUACGAGCGAAACUGUUGCAUGGUGGUGAGUCCGGUGAUGAUUUCAUUACUUCCAUUCCUUUUCAGGUGUUGAGUUGGAACCCUCGCAUUCUAUAUUUUCCCAAUUUCGCAAGUGUGAAACAAUGUAAUAGCAUCAUUGAGGCGGCAAUGGCAGGAGGGCUUACACGAUCAACAGUGGCAACAGAGUCGGGUAUAAGUGAUAUCAGAACAAGCUAUGGUACAUAUAUCAGUGCUUCUGAGGACAAAACAGGUGUUUUAGAUCUCAUUGAGGAGAAAAUGGCAAGAGCAACAAAACUUCCUAGGAAUCAUGGAGAGAAAUUUAAUAUUCUCCGCUAUAAGGUUGGUCAAAAAUAUAAUCCUCAUUAUGACUCGUACUAUAGUGCUAUUGAUGGUCCACAAGGGCGUCGAAGGGUAGCUUCAUUUUUGGUGUAUUUAACAGAUAUCUCAGAAGGUGGGGAGACCAACUUUCCGUAUGAGAAUGGGUUGAACAUGGACCUUGGCUAUCAUUUUAAGGAUUGUAUUGGUUUGAAAAUAAAGCCGCGAAAAGGAGAUGGACUUCUAUUUUAUUCUUUGUUCCCUAAUGGUACAAUGGACCGGACAUCAUUCCAUGGGAGCUGCCCUGUAAUUAAAGGGGAGAAGUGGGUAGCUACAAAGUGGAUAUGGAAUCAAUUACAUUAUGAUGAUUAUUGA